AUGGAUCCUAGGAGCGAGGUACCCCCCUCUGAGGGGCAGCCCGUAGAAGCGGUAGCUGCAGCGGAAGAAAAAGUCAUAUCCCAGACGCAAGAGCGUUUAACAGAUGCCUCGACAUCAGCUCCUUCAGCUACCGACGAAAAAAACAACGGCGGCAAAGCUGCCUCAGAAGCUGAGCCUGCGAACGAGCUGGAGGCGGCCCUGCGACAGCUCCCUGAAGAUGAGAGGCGCGUCAUAGAAGAGCAACUACAUGCCCCACCUGUCUCCGUCAACUUCUUCAGUCUAUACAGAUAUGCCGAUCCUUGGGAUUACAUGAUAAUUGCCGUUGCCUCUAUUUGUGCCAUUGCUGGAGGUGCUGCGCUGCCGCUUUUCACUGCAAGUUUUGAAUCCUCGAUCCUGUUUGGUCAAUUGACAAAUGCAUUUCAAGGCAUAAUCUUGGGUACGAUGGAUUACCAUGAUUUCCAUCAUGAGCUAGUUAAAAACGUCCUCUACUUCGUUUACAUUGGCAUUGCUGAGUUUGUUACCAUCUACAUCGGAACCGUCGGCUACAUUUACACUGGAGAACACAUUACGGAGAAGAUUCGUGAAAACUAUCUUCAGGCAAUCUUGAGACAAAAUAUCGCCUACUUUGACAACCUCGGCGCCGGCGAAGUUACUACCCGCAUUACUGCCGACACCAACCUCAUCCAGGAUGGCAUCUCCGAGAAGGUUGCCCUUACAAUGACAGCAAUUGCGACUUUUGUGACCGCCUUUAUCAUUGGAUAUGUCAAGUUUUGGAAACUGGCACUUAUUUGCUCUUCGAGCAUUGUCUGUCUUGUACUCAUCAUGGGCGGCGGCUCGCGAUUCAUUGUGAAAUUCAACAAGCUCUCUCUUCAGAGCUACGCUGUUGGAGGAAGUCUUGCGGAAGAAGUCAUCAGCUCUAUCAGAACUGCCACCGCAUUCGGUACUCAGGAUAGACUUGCGAAGCAAUAUGAUAAGCUCCUUGACGAGGCUGAGAAAUGGGGUUCCAGGCUGCAGAUGAUUUUUGCCAUAAUGAUAUCCGGAAUGUUUACCGUCAUUUAUUUGAAUUAUGGCUUGGGAUUCUGGAUGGGCUCUCGAUUCGUUGUGGAUGGCGACAUCCAAGUUGGUCAAGUCUUGACGGUUUUGAUGGCCAUUCUUAUUUCCUCGUUCAGUCUGGGGAAUGUUGCACCCAAUGCGCAGGCAUUCACAAGUGCCGUGGCCGCCGCUGCUAAAAUCUAUAGUACCAUCGAUCGAGUGUCUCCUCUUGAUCCUACAAAUCCAGAUGGCGAGGUCCUUGAACAGGUUGAAGGCACGAUCGAGCUGCGCAACGUUAAACACAGAUACCCUUCUCGGCCAGAGGUGCCCGUUAUGGAUAAUGUCAGCCUAUUCAUUCCCGCCGGAAAGACUACCGCAUUGGUUGGCCCUUCAGGAUCAGGAAAGAGUACGAUCAUUGGGCUAGUCGAACGCUUCUACAACCCAGUCCGUGGAGAAGUCCUCCUAGAUGGUCACAACGUACAAUCACUUAAUCUACGGUGGCUCCGCUCACAAAUUUCUCUUGUCAGUCAGGAGCCAAUUCUUUUCUCCACGACUAUCUUCGAGAACGUCAAGUACGGCCUCGUCGGUACCGAUUUCAUGAACGAAGGCGAAGAAAAAAUCCUAGACCGCAUUAAGCAAGCUCUGCAGAUGGCUAAUGCGCUCGAGUUCGUGACUGCUCUACCAGAAGGGCUGAAUACCCAUGUUGGCGAACGAGGUUUCCUGCUUUCAGGUGGUCAAAAGCAACGCAUUGCCAUUGCUCGUGCUAUUGUGAGCGAUCCCAAAAUCCUCCUGCUCGAUGAAGCCACGUCAGCACUUGAUACCAAAUCCGAAGGUGUCGUUCAGGCAGCUCUAGACAGGGCCGCAGAAGGCCGUACAACUAUUGUGAUUGCGCAUCGAUUGUCCACGAUCAAGACUGCACAUAAUAUCGUUGUACUGGUGAAUGGUAAAAUCGAGGAGCAAGGCACUCAUGAUCAACUACUAGACAGCAACGGCGCUUACUACAAGUUGGUCGAGGCUCAACGUCUCAAUGAAGAAAAGGAGGCCGAGGCUGUUGUGCCUAAUGAUGAAGACGAGUCAGAAGAGAGCCACGAAGAAAAGGAACUAGAACGGGCGGUAUCUCUCAUUAAGAUGUCUCGCACAGCUAGUUCCAAAAGUGGAAUGAAACCGGACGCGCUUGAAAGGCAACCCACCACCAAAUCAGUAUCGAGCAUGGCUCUUGCAAAGAACGAGCAAGAGAAAGAAAUUAAGUAUUCACUGUGGACUCUUAUCAAGUUCACCUACUCGUUCAAUCGAAAAGAAACUCCGUAUAUGCUCAUGGGUCUAGUCUUUGCCGCACUCGCAGGUGGUUCUCAGCCUACUCAAUCGGUUAUCUACUCCAAAGCUAUCACAACUUUGUCUUUGCCACCAAGCGAGUUUGGUAAGCUAAAGCACGACGCCAGCUUCUGGUCUCUUAUGUUCCUCAUGCUUGGUCUUGUUCAGCUCGUCGUGCAUUCGAUACAAGGAAUAGCUUUUGCAUAUAGUUCGGAAAAGUUGAUUCACCGGGCACGAAUUAGCGCUUUUAGAUCUAUGCUGCGCCAAGAUAUCAGCUUCUUUGACAGCGAGGCGAAUAGCACCGGUGCCUUGACGUCGUUUCUCUCAACCGAGACAAAACACUUGUCGGGAAUUAGCGGUGCAAACCUCGGAACGAUUUUGAUGGUGUCGACAACACUCAUUGCCUCUUUGGUUGUUGCUUUGGCGAUUGGCUGGAAGCUUUCACUUGUCUGUAUCUCCGUGGUCCCAGUCAUGUUGGCAUGUGGGUUCUGGCGCUUCUCUAUCCUUGCAAAAUUCCAAUCGCGGGCCAAGCAGGCCUAUGAAAGCUCAGCUAGCUAUGCGUGUGAAGCCACUUCUGCUAUCCGCACUGUUGCUUCGUUGACCCGAGAAGACGACGUUUUGCAGCGUUAUCGUGAGCAACUGGAAGCCCAGACGAGGAACAGCCUUUUCUCUGUUCUGAGAACGUCCGUGUUAUAUGCCGCUUCUCAAGGCUUGUCCUUCUUUUGCAUGGCAUUAGGUUUCUGGUACGGUGGAGAGCUCUUUGGCAAAGGCCAGUAUACAGAGUUCCAGUUUUUCCUCUGCUUUACCGAGGUUAUCUUCGGAGCACAAUCCGCUGGCACAGUCUUUUCUUUUGCACCUGAUAUGGGCAAAUCGAAAAAUGCAGCGGCUCAGUUCAAGAAAUUGUUUGAUCGUCAACCAGCCAUUGAUGUUUGGUCGGACGAUGGUGAAAAAUUGGAGAGCGCCGAGGGCACGGUCGAAUUCCGAGAUGUUCACUUUCGCUAUCCAACUCGUCCCGAACAGCCUGUCCUCCGCGGCCUGAAUUUGACUGUCAAGCCUGGCCAAUAUGUUGCUCUUGUCGGCGCAAGUGGGUGCGGAAAGAGUACUACUAUUGCUCUUUUGGAACGCUUCUAUGAUCCGCUAUCGGGAGGAGUUUACAUUGACGGGAAGAACAUUGCGAGCUUGAACGUCAACUCGUAUCGAAACCACUUGGCUCUGGUGAGCCAGGAGCCCACUCUCUACCAGGGUACUGUUCGUGAGAAUAUUCUCUUGGGAAGCAAUGAGACCGAUGUACCGGAAGAGGCCAUCAUUAGUGCUUGUAAGAACGCCAACAUCUAUGACUUUAUCUUAUCCUUACCUGAGGGAUUCGACACGGUCGUCGGCAGCAAGGGUGGCAUGCUUUCCGGAGGACAAAAACAACGUGUUGCCAUUGCUCGCGCAUUGCUUCGUGACCCCAAAAUCCUGCUCCUCGACGAAGCCACGUCAGCUCUUGACUCGGAAUCAGAGAAAGUGGUGCAAGCCGCGUUGGAUGCAGCGGCUCGUGGCCGGACGACCAUUGCAGUCGCUCACCGACUUAGCACCAUCCAAAAAGCAGAUAUAAUCUAUGUCUUUGACCAAGGCCGGAUCGUUGAGAGCGGAAACCACCAGGAAUUGAUCCGCAACAAAGGCCGAUAUUACGAGCUGGUCAAUUUGCAGGGUUUGGGCAAAACCCAAUAA